CUUAUGUGUUAACAAUCUGACUUCUAAUUAAUUAUCCAUUUUAUCUUUUUAUCUGAUUUACCCUUUAACAUUACCGGCAAUCUCAAACUGCCACAGCCGAAAGAGGUCCACCAAAGCAAGACGUUGUAGCACCAGUGGUCUUCGUUGGAUGCUCCCAGAAGGACUUCGUCGCUGGGAUUGACUCAGGCCAUUCACUUUCCUUUCCCCUUUCAGAACUGCAGAUCAAGCAACAAGAGCAGAUAUCAUGUCCGACCACCCUGUACUUCGAUACAUCCCUGCUGGAACUUGGGCUUUAGUGGAACCCCUUGUGUCCGACCGGGCUAAAACGUUGCUUGUAACCCUCAUUGAUUUCCUUGAAAAUGAUGUGAUCCCGUCAGAAGCCCUCUACUAUGCUCAACUUCCAGCCGACCCUGCUACCCGCUGGCAAGCCAUCCCCCAAGCGCUGGAGAAUCUUAAGAUUAAGGCAAAGACGCUCGGCUUGUGGAACCUUUGGUUGAGUGGAGGAGAUUUUCAAGGAAUGGCUGGUGGUGAAGGUGGAGGACUCACCAAUCUCGAGUAUGCCAUAAUGGCAGAAAUCAUGGGUCACUCGAUAGUUCUUGCCCCUCAAGCUACCAACUGCUCGGCCCCUGAUACCGGCAACAUGGAAGUACUUGCCAGAUUCGGGACGCAAGAGCAAAAGAACAGGUACCUGGUGCCACUUUUGAACGGAGAUAUCAGAAGCAGCUUUGCAAUGACAGAAUACGGAGUGGCUUCAUCCGAUGCUACUAACCUCCGCAACACCCAAGCCACUUCCAUGUCUUCAAGCACCCUCUCGUUGUCAGGACAUAAAUGGUGGAUCUCAGGUGCGGGCGAUCCUCGAACAUCUGUUCAUAUAGUGUUGGCCGUUACCGAUCCCAAGAACCCGUCAGCAUACAAGCGACAUUCACUGCUGCUUGUCGAACCGAAGCAGAAGGGUGUAAAGAUUGUACGGCCGAUGAUGGUGAUGGGAUACGAUGAUGCACCAGAAGGGCACUGCGAGGUCAUAUACGAUAACGUGGAAGUGGAUCUUGUCAAGGGCCUCGUGGGUGGCAAGGAAGGGCUAGGAAGGGGGUUUGAGAUGCUACAGGCGAGACUCGGACCUGGAAGACUUCAUCACUGCAUGCGUUCGUUAGGUAUCGCUUCUAGGGCUCUUGAUUUGCUGCUCCAGCGAGUUUCCGACCCCGCAAGGAAGACGUUUGGGAAGUUUUUGCGAGAACAUGGAACGGUGUUAGCAGACAUCGCACACUCCCGAGCAGAGAUUGAUCAAUCACGAUUGCUCGUCCUUGCUGCUGCUCGUCAGAUUGACGUGGCUGGUGCCAAGGGCGCCUUGCAGGACAUUGGUAUCUCCAAGUUUACCGUCCCCAAGAUGGCCCUACAAGUCGUUGAUCGUGCGAUGCAAGUCCAUGGCGCGGAAGGGCUAUCACAAGACCAACCCCUGGCAUCAUGGUACGCUCAGUUGCGAACCUUGCGCUUCGCAGAUGGUCCUGAUGAGGUACACAUUCAGCAAAUCGGUAAGCGUGAGCUUAAGAGAGUAGAAGAAUUGCAGAGUAGGACGGAGAAAAUUAGAAGGAAAAGUGAGAAACUACUGAAAGAAGGUGGCAAGGAAAGAGCGAAGCUGUAAUUUUGCUUUGGCCACCUUAGUCGAGGUAUUCAGAAGUUGUCGAAGAAGAUUAGCCCCAUCUUUAUCUUGUAAUCAUUGUCACCAAAGAAGAGAAGAAAGCAUGUAUCAUAUAA